GUGGGAGCUCCGCCCCUCGCCCGGCUCCGCUCUCCAGGGAUCUGGGGCUUUGAGCGUCCCGAGUUGGGCAGGGAACUGGUAGCAUCGCUCCUAGGAUGCAAGGGCCAUUUGUCUCCGGCCGGGGGUCAGAUUCUCGGGAAGCCGAGCCAUCCCAUCCAGCCGCUUGCCCCAAACCAGGCGCAGGCCGUGGUCACUUCUCUAGGAAGCUCCGAAGAUCCCGCCACUCCGUCCCUCAAAGGUGCGGAAAGCCGGCUUCCCCCAGCCCUCGGGGAAGAUUCCUGACUCUCCGCUCGGUCGGGGCACCUGAGGGCAGGAGCUGCGCCAGGCGUACCGGAUAGACCAGUGGACAACACCCACGCCUGUCCUCUACCCGGACCCAGACUCGGCGCCGCACAUUGCCCCGGGGGGACCCGCCGCAGUCACGCGCGCGCAGAGCUCACGCUCUCCGCCUCGCACACCUGCGCUCCGCCCCCUGGUCCUGGGCCCGCGACGGGCGAAGGCAUUUGGGAAGCCAGGGCGGCAGCGGAGGCGAUCUCCCUGACCCAGGGCCGGAGUUGCCUGGAGCCGGCCGCCGCUCUCAGCAAGCCCGCAUCCUUCCCUGUCCUUCCCUCCCCCCGCCUGCCACGGCGCGGGUAUCCGCAGCCACAGCCCGGGGCCGGUGAGGCGGCGAAGGGGGAGGGGAGGAAUCAAGGGAUGAGCGCCGGAAGGGCGUCGGGGGCCCUGAGCCGCACUAGGACGCCCCUGGAGCCGGAACCCCAGCAGAAGCCGGAACCAGAACCAAAUCACCGGUACCGGGUGGACCAGCUGCAGCCCCCUAAACCCAGGAGGCGUCCUGGCCCGCGCUCGCCCCCCAGGGCCUCAUGUCGGAACCACAGCCUGACCUGGAACCGCCCCAGCAUGGGCUGUAUAUGCUCUUCCUGCUUGUGCUGGUCUUCUUCCUCAUGGGCCUGGUAGGCUUCAUGAUCUGCCACGUGCUCAAGAAGAAGGGCUACCGCUGCCGCACGUCGAGGGGCUCUGAGCCUGACGAUGCCCAGCUUCAGCCCCCUGAGGACGAUGACAUGAAUGAGGACACAGUAGAAAGGAUUGUUCGCUGCAUCAUCCAAAAUGAAGCCAAUGCUGAGGCCUUGAAGGAGAUGCUGGGGGACAGUGAAGGAGAAGGGACAGUGCAGCUGUCCAGUGUGGAUGCCACCUCCAGCCUGCAGGACGGAGCCCCCUCCCAUCAUCACACAGUGCACCUGGGCUCUGCAGCCCCUUGCAUCCAUUGCAGCCGCAGCAAGAGGCCUCCACUUGUCCGUCAGGGACGCUCCAAGGAAGGAAAAAGCCGCCCCCGGACAGGGGAGACCACUGUGUUCUCUGUGGGCAGGUUCCGGGUGACACACAUUGAGAAGCGCUAUGGACUGCACGAACACCGUGAUGGCUCCCCCACGGACAGGAGCUGGGGCUCUGGUGGGGGACAGGACCCAGGGGGUGGUCAGGGGUCUGGGGGAGGGCAGCCCAAGGCAGGGAUGCCUGCCAUGGAGAGGCUGCCCCCUGAGAGGCCACAGCCCCAGGUCCUAGCCAGCCCCCCAGUACAGAAUGGAGGACUCAGGGAUAGCAGCCUAGCCCCUCGUGCACUUGAAGGGAACCCCAGAGCUUCUGCAGAGCCAACGAGGGCCGGAGGGAGGGGCCCAAGCCCAGGGCUGCCCACUCAAGAGGCAAAUGGGCAGCCAAGCAAACCAGACACUUCCAAUCACCAGGUGUCUCUACCACAGGGAGCAGGGAGUAUGUGAGUCUCCUUCAUUGUGCUGAUGGACUACCAGCUGGCAGGGCCAGGGGGUGGGUGGGCAUGAAGGCCCUCCCCUCCACUCGACAGCACUGCCCCCCAGCUGAGUGACCAGCUCUACUUCCACCUGGAGUUGCACAGUCUCAGGCUGGGGGCCUCAGGAGACGUCACAGCCCCUCAGUCUCUUCUCCUUCCCCUGCCUGCAACAGGCUGCCUGCCCCACCUUCCCCAAUACCUCGCUCCAUAUGAUAGAGCGUGGCAGCUGGGAGCAGGCCCCUGCCCGUGGUGGGCCCCUAAAGCAAUAGCACCGUAGGCCCCCUGCCCUCUUAGCACAAGAGGCCCAGGCACAGGCCUGGCCUUCGUGCCCUUUAUUCAUUGUCAAUAAAUCUGCUCAGACCAUUA